AUGGCCAUUGUCAAUUUGUUGGCAACAACAGCCUUAAAAAGCGUUGGUUUGCUUUGGAUCAACUAUAUGGAUUAUUCCCUGAUGCUAGCCAGUCUCACGUUUAUCAACUACAAUCAACUGGAUCCCGAGUCGCCCAUAAUCAACCAGAAAACAUUGCAUAAAGAGUACGACUUUGUGGUCGUAGGAGGGGGAUCAGCUGGAGCUGUUGUAGCAUCAAGAUUGUCAGAAGUUCCAAACUGGAAAGUUCUACUUCUUGAAGCCGGUCCAGACGAAAACGAAAUAUCAGAUGUACCAUCUCUGGCUGCCUAUUUACAACUGUCAAAAUUAGAUUGGGGGUAUAAAGUGGAAAGUACAGGACGUGCUUGUUUAGGUAUGAAAAAUGGACGUUGCAACUGGCCUAGAGGCAAAGUACUCGGUGGAUCCAGCGUUUUAAAUUAUAUGUUGUAUGUCAGAGGAAAUAAAAAUGAUUAUGAUUAUUGGGAGCAAUUAGGCAAUCCUGGUUGGAAUUACGACGAAGUAUUGAAAUACUUUAUAAAGUCUGAAGAUAACAGAAACCCUUAUCUAGCCAGAACACCAUACCACGGAAUGGGAGGGUUAUUAACAGUUCAAGAAUCGCCAUGGAGAACUCCCUUAGUUGUAGCAUUUGUAGAAACUGGUCUGGAAAUGGGAUAUCCUAUAAGGGACAUAAAUGGCGCAGAUCAAGCAGGAUUUAUGAUAGCUCAAGGAACGAUCAGAAGAGGACAGAGAUGCUCGACAGCAAAAGCAUUUUUAAGGCCUGUGAAGCUGCGGAAAAAUAUUCAUAUAGCUUUAAAUUCUCAGGUCACAAGAAUAUUGAUAAAUCCGUCGAACAUGAGAGCUUUUGGAGUAGAGUUUUACAGAAACGGUAUGUCAGACAUUUGGUAA